AGAAGAUUAUACUUUGUUCCCAGAUGCCAUAUCUGGGACUCUGUCACAAAGAAGUAGCGAGCCAUCUGUGAUUGACAGGCACAGUCCCCGCCCCUUUCCUCCAUGCCUAGCCUAAACUGCCUGAACAGUGCAUGGAAGCGAGCUGCUCUGCAAUUCCCCUGAGACUCCCCCACUAAGUUGUGAUUCCGGAGCUCCGCGGACUAGCUCUCAAUGAGCCCCCAGCACAGAUCACUCUAACUACGAAGAAGAAAGGGGGGUCUUCUUUCCCCUCUAUAGAUGUGGGCAAGAUGAUCACAAGAAUUCUGCUGGUAUUUGCUGUUGGUUGUAUUGCUGUUGAUUUGGUGCAAGCGGGAGGAAAAAAGUACUAUCAAGGGCCAUGUGCAGGACGAGAUUGUAGUGGGGGAUGCAAAUGCUUUCCAGAAAAAGGCGCUCGGGGUCGACCAGGACAAUUAGGCCCCCAAGGGCCGAUGGGGCCACCAGGAUUUCAAGGCCCCACAGGAGUCUCAGGACCAAAGGGUGAAAGAGGAUCUCCUGGUUCCCCUGGAGGAGGGGGACCCAAAGGCGAUGCGGGGCCGAUGGGAGUUCCCGGAUUUCUAGGCACAAAUGGAGUUCCUGGUCAUUCAGGGCAACCUGGACACAGAGGUCUGCCUGGGCUUGAUGGCUGUAAUGGUACUAUCGGAGAUGAAGGUUUUCCUGGUCAAGACGGAUUGCCUGGGAACCCUGGAUUUGCUGGUCCUUUUGGUCCAAAGGGUCAGAAAGGUGAACCUUCUUACAUUCAGGGUACAGUGAAAGGAGAAAGGGGAAAUGAUGGAUUACCCGGACUCAGGGGACCUAAUGGAGCACAAGGACCUCCUGGUUCACAAGGCUUCCCUGGGCCAUCUGGAUUUCCUGGUUUGCCAGGUCCAUCUGGUCUACCUGGUCUUCAGGGUCCAAAAGGCAACAUGGGAGUUGGUUUUCGAGGAGAGCCUGGGGACAAGGGAGAUGUUGGGGGUCCAGGUCCUCCCGGACCACCUUAUUCCACUGGAACAAUGGAAUUUGUGGGAUUUACAAAAGGCAUUAAAGGAGAUCAGGGUGAACCUGGUCCAAAGGGGGCGAUUGGAUUACCUGGAGAUCCUGGACCUAAAGGCUUUGGUGGCUUUGGUGAGAAGGGUGAGAAAGGAAUUCUUGGACUUCCAGGUGGAAGAGGUUACCCAGGACUUGAUGGAUCCUAUGGAUUUCCAGGCAGGAAGGGGCAGCAAGGUGACCCAGGAUACACUGGACUUGAAGGCUUUAAAGGGCUAAAGGGUGAACAAGGAGAUAUUGGUUUUCCUGGUCCCACAACAUAUGUAGAUUCCGAAGGUUCAUCUGUUUCAGGGCCAUCUGGAGAUCCAGGUCCUCCCGGCCGGCCAGGAAUUCCAGGCGAUGAGGGGUUCAGUGGCCCACCUGGCCCUCCAGGCUCACCUGGGUACCCUUCCUUUGAGAGAGGUAUUCCUGGACUGCCAGGAUUUCCAGGGGUUCCAGGAUUUAAAGGCGAACGAGGAACCACAGGAAGACCAGGAUUUGGACUAACAGGACCCCCUGGAAGGCCUGGUUUACCUGGACCAACUGGUCCACCUGGUCCACCAGGACCACGAAGCAGAGACCCACAAAGUUUUAAAAUUGGAGAACCUGGAUUCCCAGGACAACCAGGAAUACGAGGGCCACCUGGUGCUAUUGGGCCAAGGGGACAUAAGGGUUCUGAUGGUGACUGUGCAUGUGAUGGAGGCAGUAAUAACAAAGGAAGACGUGGACCACCAGGAUUUCCCGGUCUACCAGGAAGUGACGGUUUCCCUGGUCUUAAUGGACAAAAGGGUGAUUCAGGGAGAACAGGUUCUGUUGGACCUCCUGGUCAGCCUGGUGUCCCAGGUGAUGCCGGCAGUCCAGGAUUUAAAGGAGAGAAAGGAGAACCAACCUUUCCAUCUGGCAGAGGUUCCCGUGGAGACCCAGGUCCUUCAGGACCUAGAGGUGCUCCUGGACUACAAGGGAAGCCAGGCAGAGAUGGGCUCCCAGGGUUACCAGGACGUGCAGGCCCACCUGGUGAUGGUGGCAUUGGGGCCCGUGGUGAUAAAGGUUUCCCAGGUUUCCCUGGUGAAAAGGGACGUCGUGGAGAGAGUGGAUCUCCUGGUUUAGGUUUUCCAGGCUCACCUGGUUCUCGAGGUCUUCCUGGUGAGCCCGGGCAAGCAGGAUUUCCUGGCCAACCAGGUCUCCCAGGGCCCAAAGGUGACUGCUGCUGCGGGGACAAUGUUGGUAAAGGAGACUUAGUCACAGAGGGAGGAACUACUUUGCCUUGUGUGAUUGCUGGAGAAUCUGGCUCCCCAGGGAAUCGUGGUUCAGAAGGGAUUCCAGGUCGAAAGGGAGAAAAAGGUUUUGCUGGUAUUCCAGGGCAACCUGGGUUUGAUGGGGCUAAAGGACAGUCAGGCAAUCCUGGUUUUGGGGGAAUUCCAGGGCUACCAGGAUUUCCUGGACCCCGUGGUGAGGAAGGUCCAUCAGGUUUUCCUGGUUUGGAUGGUGCGAAUGGGCUUCCUGGAAAGAUGGGAAUACCUGGAUCUCCAGGCUUGAAAGGAGCACGAGGUGAUGUUUUGGGAGCUACACCUGGAACUCCUGGUGAACCUGGUCGAAUUGGAUUACCAGGAGACAAAGGAUUUCAAGGAGAUUCUGGUCUGCCAGGACAAAAAGGUUUUGAUGGAAUACCUGGGCUAAUGGGUGCUAAAGGAGAGAGGGGCAACUCAGGUUAUCCUGGCAGUCCAGGCCCCAAGGGUCCACCUGGAUUUGGAGGAUCCAUGGGUAUUAAAGGAAAGCAAGGCCCCAUAGGAGAUAUUGGAUAUGGGGGAGCGCCAGGUUUUCCUGGACAAAAAGGUUUCGCUGGAGAUAGAGGUGCCCCUGGUCCAGCUGGUAUGAAAGGACGUCCAGGUUUUCCUGGAGAUGCUGGUCGACCUGGAGAGAUUGGACUUCCUGGACCACAGGGUCCAGGAGGAGGGGAUGGUAUUCCAGGUUUUCCAGGGCUUAAAGGUGUAAAGGGCUCUCCUGGCGUGACUGGAUUUCCUGGCCUGCCAGGACUACCAGGAUUCUCAGGUGUUAAUGGGUUAAAAGGAACUAGUGGCUUUCCCGGAAGAAAUGGCAAUCCUGGCCCUGCUGGAGAUUUUGGCCCUAAAGGUGAUAUGGGAGACCCAGGUGAACCUGGUCCUCCUACCAGUGUCCCACCAGGACUAAGGUCCAAAGGAAAUGCAGGCGAUCAAGGACCAUUAGGUCCGUCAGGAUUUCCAGGGCCAAGAGGUGAUAAAGGUUUACCUGGCCCCUCGGGGACUCGUGGAUCUGCUGGACUUCCAGGUUUUCCAGGAAGAGAGAAGGGCCUACCAGGGAACCCAGGGCUGCCUGGAUCAUAUGGACGACCAGGCUUUCCAGGACCCAAAGGAGAACGUGGAAUAAUUGGUUUUCCUGGCAUGCCCGGACUUAAUGGUGAUGAUGGAUUUCCUGGUAAUCCUGGACUGCCUGGAAGUAAUGGUCAACCAGGAAUAAAAGGUGAUCGAGGUGACUCUCGGGGACAACCUGGUCGUCCUGGAGUAAGGGGAGAAACUGGUGCAGCCGGAAUCCCAGGAGCAAGAGGAUUUGAUGGACAACCGGGAGAUGUUGGUACAGUAGGAAACUCUGGAAGCCCUGGUCAAAAGGGUUCAUUAGGAGAGUUUGGACGAGCAGGACAGCCAGGAACCCCAGGACUUCAGGGUUUUAGAGGUAAUCCAGGGCUAGUAGGAAACCCAGGGCCACCAGGACCACCAGGUUUCCCAGGAUCCCCUGGUUCUGCAGGAAUUAAAGGAUUUCCAGGAUUAAAUGGUUUGGAUGGAUUAAAUGGUCUGCCCGGAACUCGAGGGUCGCCGGGAACACCUGGUCUAAGUGAAGCUGGACGAUCUGGAUCACCUGGUUUUCCAGGAACAAAAGGUGAAGCAGGCUCCCCAAGCAUUGCAUCUGGCCAACCAGGAUAUCCAGGAACAAAAGGCAUACGAGGAGAGACAGGUGGACCUGGUGCUGUUGGUCUUCCUGGUCUUCCAGGACCACCUGGCAUCUCUUUUCCCUCUUCCAUCCCUGGGAGACCUGGUGACCCUGGACCUGCUGGAAGGGAUGGUGAAUCAGGCCUCCCUGGCCCUCCUGGUCCUCGAGGUCCACCUGGUCCUGCCUCAAAUCAAGGGGAUACAGGUAACUCUGGAUUCCCUGGUUCUCCUGGCAGACCUGGACCGAAAGGAGACUCAGGAAUGCCUGGAUUCCCAGGAAGCCCGGGAGCUCCAGGACUAAAAGGAUUGAGAGGUGAUCCAGGCUUUAUGGGGAGUCCAGGAAAAGAAGGUCCUGUAGGAGAUUCUGGCUUCCCUGGACCAAAGGGUGAAAAGGGAAACCCAGGUUUCCCAGGUCCCAUUGGACUUCCAGGUCUGCCUCCAUUUGAUGAUGAUGAUGAUUCCCAGGUUGCCCUUGGAUUUCCAGGCUUGCCUGGACUUGAUGGAUUCCCUGGUGGGUCUGGAGAAUCUGGAUUUCAGGGAUCACCUGGGCCAAUCGGUGGGAAAGGUUUCCCUGGAAGACCUGGGCAAAUGGGUAAAAAUGGGUCACCUGGUUCUCCGGGCAUUAUUGGGGAUCCUGGUAUUCCUGGCAUUCCUGGUCCUCCAGGACUUGAAGGCUCCCCAGGGAGACAAGGUUCCGCAGGUCUACCCGGCAUGCCAGGACGGAGUGUGAGUGUUGGCUACACUCUGGUGAAGCACAGCCAGUCAGAACAAAUACCACCAUGUCCACUUGGAAUGCCUAAAAUAUGGGAAGGCUACAGUUUGCUGUAUGUGCAAGGUCAAGAGAAAGCUCAUAACCAAGAUUUAGGUCUUGCUGGAUCAUGUUUACCUCGCUUCAGCACCAUGCCGUUUAUUUACUGCAACAUCAAUGAAGUUUGCUACUAUGCGAGCAGAAAUGAUAAAUCCUACUGGCUGUCCACUACAGCCCCUAUUCCAAUGAUGCCUGUGGCCCGCACACAGAUUAAAGACUACAUCAGCCGCUGCUCAGUGUGUGAAGCUCCCUCCCAGGCAGUCGCUGUACACAGUCAAGAUAACACUAUACCACCGUGCCCUGAAGGAUGGAGGAGUCUCUGGAUCGGAUACUCUUUCCUUAUGCACACAGCUGCAGGCGCAGAAGGUGGUGGACAGUCCUUAGUCUCACCUGGUUCUUGCCUUGAGGAUUUCCGUGCCACUCCAUUUAUUGAAUGCAAUGGAGCCAGAGGAACCUGCCAUUAUCAUGCCACCAAGUACAGCUUCUGGUUGACAACCGUGGAUGAAAGGCAGCAGUUUGGUGGCUCUCCUCCUUCUGAAACACUGAAGAGUGGGCAACUGCGAACACGUGUAAGCCGUUGCCAAGUGUGCAUGAAGAACUUAUAGUACAGCCCUAAUUAAAAACCUUUUCUCAUUGGUUCCAACCUCAGCAAUUCUAUAGGAAUAGCCAGUAUGCUGUAUUAUGAGAACCACAGCUAAUUGAAUGAUUUAAAAAAUGACAAGACCUUUAUAUUCAGUAGCAAAAAACAACAAAAAAACUAUGCUGUAACUUCAUCUGGCCAGCACAACAGGUGUCAAUGAAGGAGGAAAUGGCUAUUUUUCUAAACUGAAUAUAAUAGGUAAAAAAUGGUGCUAUGCUUUAUUAAUAUUUUAUUAUGGUGCAUUAUUCAUGGCUACCUCAGAAAGGCCUUUUGUAUUUUAAAAGGUAAAGUGUUGGAUUUGCUCAAAACACCAAAUGAGACUUUGCACUGAGGUAUUAUCAUUAUCAGUCAAUGGGAUAUAAAUGGACUUAACUGAUAACAAAUACUCAUUCAGGCACCAUAGCUUAAAAUGUAUCUAAAGAAUUGGACUUUAUCAAGAAAAGCUGGCUAAAGUGGAAUUGUUCAACAGGGAAGACCACAAUACAAUGCAUACGAGAGCUGCUGCUUGGAAAUAAACCUUGGUCCUAAAAGGAAGUUAUUUUACCUUCCUUGUAUCUCUUUUCCAAGUAAACAAAUUAUAGUAAAAUCUCAGAGAUAAGAACGUGUGCUAAUGUCUAAUGAUUUGAAAAUCACCAUUAAAAUUAAAAAAUGUAAAACCUAAACUAAGCAUACUUCUCUAGAAAUCUUAUCAUUCUAUAAUAAUGCAGGUUAUAUGGUGGGUAUGUGGCACCUGCAGAAAUCUCCCUCACUGUAACAUAGACACUGUGAUAGUCACACAUUGCCAUGCUCGUACUCUUGCAGACACUGAUGAACCCAAGUUACACAGAUGAACCCAGCACAAAAUGCCUGUUAAAAUAUAUAAACGUGACAAACCUGCUGUACUGCCUUAUUGAAUAUGCUUAGAUAUCUGUUACUCACAAAUUUAUAAAAUGUGGGAUCAGUGGAACAUACAUCACAUUAGCACAUUCAAUGUGAAUAGCAAAAAUAGACUGCAACAAACUUUAUUCUUUUUGUUACUUAUUAGAGUACUGCCAUAUAUUUUUCAUCAUCAGAGCUUAUUCUACUACAAUAAACUGUAUCACUGCUGUAUUACUUGUGGUACCACUUUAGUAACCCCCCCCCCCUGCUCCCUCACUAUCCACAGGCUAUUAAUAUUUUUUAUACUAUAUAGAAAAAAUAUAAGAUAUUUAUACAUUUUUAAAUACACACGCAUAUAUAAUAUAUGUAUGCUUCACAAUUAUUAUAUAUCCUGAAUAAACAUAUAUACACUUUAUAUAUAUAUAUAUAUAUAUAUAUAUAUAUAUAUAUAUAUAUAUAUAUAUAUAUAAACCUUGCAAAGGUGCACUCGACACAUCAGUGUGCCAUUAAGGAUGGAAGAGUAAAUAUAAUACAGUCAAUCAACACAAUAAUAACUCAGAACUUUCCUUAUAUUAUUAUUUAUGUUAUUCUUGUAAUGUUUUGCGGAUAAUAUUUCCCCAUCCUCAGUCAAAAUACUGCUUGCAAAUUGUGCGUUAAAUAUUCCAUGCACAAUGCACAAUUUACACAUUGUAUUUUGUCUGAGAAAGGGAAAAUAUCACCGAAAUGCCACAGGAUUAAAUGAUAAAAGGAGUAUGCUGAGUUACUAUUGUGUUAACUGACUAAGCUUUUUUAUAUAUAUAUAUACACACACACAUACAGUAUGCACACACAUGUAAGAUUGUUUGUUUUCGCUGUAUUUCUGUGUAGCCUUUACCAGAAUAUUGUGUUCAGCUGGAACUACUGCUAAUGCACACCUAAUUCAUUUAGACGUACACCACAAUUAAUUAUGAUAUAUCAUGGUGGAUGAGUUUUUUUCCGUCACUUUACUUACUUGCCAUAACCUAUAUUUAUAUUGAUUUAGAAUCUGCAAGUGACCUAUUUUGUAUGACAAUUCUACAUUGCAUUACUUAUUAGACUAGCUUCCCCCAAAUUAAAGAUCACCGUUGAACAAUAAAACCAAUUACUAUAUUUUUGAGAAGGCUUCAUCCCAUUUAUUGUAAGAUUUAUAUAUAAAAUGUAAAUGCAACUUUUGUGAAUAAUGAUUUGUAUUUUUCCCAACCACUAGAACAUGGUCUUUAAGAGGUAGUGUUGGUUCAGUUAUUUUGUACAUGUGAAAAUAUUGAAAUGUAUGAGCUGCAUUUUUGAUAUUGUCUUUUAGUUUGUUUUUUACUUAAUACAGUAUUUUACUAAAUAAUUUUUAGUACUUUUAUUAACCCAGCAGAAGGUAUAGUUACACAUUACGUACUACUGAAAUGUAUCUGUCAUUUUUGAAAAUGCGUAAGAACGCCAUGAACACACCAGCCCAUGAUGCCGCACAAUUGUACAGAUAUAUUAGGAGUAGCAAAAACCACUAUGUAAGUUUUAAAUAAAAUCAAUCUAUGAUUA